CUCACAGAGCAUCACUGUUUGUCCUGGACGCCUCGGCUGCUCGCACAGCACUUGCUUCUGUGGGCUGUAGGCCAGGAUCAAGAAGGACACUGCAGCCGUACCACCGGAAUAGUCCUCUAAUUACCGCUUUCCCAGCGUAGAGGAGGUAACUCCAUAGGUUGGAGACGUGUCUUGAUUGCACUUAUCCAAAACAAUCAUCACUUUAAUAUUCCUCAAAAAAUACUAAACACUAUCAACAAUGGGAAACUCCAAGAGUGGUGCCGUGUCCAAGGAGAUUCUGGAGGACCUUAAACUCAACACCAAGUUCUCAGAGACGGAGAUUGUCCAGUGGUACGAAAACUUCAAGAAGCAGUGUCCAACGGGGCGCAUCUCCAAAGAGGAAUUUCAGAUCAUCUACAGCAAGUUCUUCCCAGAAAGUGACGCCCAAACGUACGCCCAGCACGUCUUCCGCUCUUUUGACACAAACGACGAUGGCACACUGGACUUCAAGGAGUACAUUGUUGCUCUCCACAUGACUUCAACGGGAAAGACCACCAGAAAACUGGAAUGGGCCUUCUCACUGUUUGACGUGGACAAGAACGGGUACAUCACCAAGUCAGAGGUCAAGGAAAUCUGCACGGCUAUUUUCAAGCUGAUUCCUAAAGAUGAACUGUCUAAUCUGGACGAGGAUGAAAACACAGCUGAGAAGAGGUCAGAUAAACUCUGGAAGUUCUUUAACAAGGGUGAUAACGAUCGAGUGGCAGAGGGCGAGUUUAUCAAAGGCGUGUUGGAGAAUGAAGCAGCCCUGCGUUUGAUCCAGUAUCAACCUCUAAAGUAACUCUUAACCCCAAAGUCCCCGUUCCCCUCUCCAGAUCCGUCUUUUCCACUUUUACUCUUCGCUCUUGCUGUUACCAUGACACCCGACUGCAUCGUCACCACGUGUGUAAAUACAGCGGGUGUGACACUUAACGCCCCCGUCGCUUCAGAGUAAACAUUGAUACAGGAUCUCCUUCUGUGUUUUUAUUAUUAUUAAGUUUGUAACCCAUGUUUGUGAGCUGUUUUCUAAAUCACACAGUAUGUUUCUAUCAGUGUUAAAAAACAAACAACACAAAGCAAAAGUGAUUGCCUGAGAAUACGGUUACCAUGGCAAUUUCACAGGAUGUGCAGGUGACGGCUGUCCACCUGGAAGUCGACGUAUCAUUAUUUAUUUUUCCAAUAAGACGAGCGUUUUCACUGACGUCGCCGUAGAUGAAGGCAGUCGCUAGUUUGUUGAAUUUUCUUUAAAAUCUAAUCAUUAAGGUGAGUCUUAGCAGCCCGAACUACAUUUAAAUAUGAUACCAUGUCAUGUGCUUUAGUUCAAGUCUCAUUAACAUGAAAUAUGUCUUUGUUUCUCUCCUGGAAUUACUUUUAAACCUCCAGCUGACAUGCAGAGCGGUGUACUCGUACCCUGGCUUUAGUUCUGAUUGAACGCUGUGUGUCACUGUGUCCGAUCCUUCCAUAUUCACAAUCCUAUAUUUGAUGUUUCAGUAACGUUAUAUUCAAGAGGUUUGUUCAUGUACAACAGCAUGUAAAACUUGAUUUACCUUCACAAUAAAUUCAAU